UCUAGUGUACAAGCAGAGCUAACUAGCUCUUGUACUGUACAACCUUGGAUUACAAACAUCUUGAACAGAUAAGUUCCCACACAUGAAAGUAGUGAGAGCCUCUGUGAGAUUCGUCUAUAUUACCUCGGAAAUUGUGUUCGGUUGCGGAAAAAAGAACUUCUGAAGGCUCCGAGCAGGAUGAUGGCGUGCUGCCUGCGCCCUUUGCUCUCAGUUGAACCCACACGAGGACUCGUGGACGAAAAGCUCCGGAUUGCUGUGACAAAUUUAAACCCGAAACAGGAGGUGACCCUUUACUGUCUGCAUCAUUCAGAGAGCAAAGACAUUUGGGAAGCAUUUGGACACUAUGUGAGCAACGAACAGGGCACUCUGACAGUGGAAAAGGACUCCAGUGUGGGAGGCACGUAUACAGGUGUGGAGUCCAUGGCAUUGAUGUGGAGCCUGCGGCCAGUGCAAGGCAGCCGAGCAGGACUGAGGUUGCAAACGCGAGAUGUCCUCUCGCCAAUGAUAUUCCACAUUUCUGUGUACAAUGGACACAUUUCUCAGGAUUUUAACCAGCUCACACCGUUGGUGACCAGCGUCAUAGAAAGAUGGUACAUGGCUCCAGGUGUGCAAAGGGUCCAUGUACGUGAGAAAGGAGUUCGAGGAACUUUGUUCAUCCCUCCAGGUCCUAGCCCAUUUCCAGGUGUGUUGGACUUGUGGGGAGGAGGUGGAGUUCUGGUGGAGUAUCGAGCUGCCCUGCUAGCGUCACAUGGCUUUCUUGCUUUUGCUCUGGAGUAUAUAACUCCAGGAGAAAUGAUAGCCAUGAAUAGUACUUACUUUGAGGUAGCAUAUCAGAUCCUGCAGGAGCAUCCCAUGGUUCUAAGGGACAGAUUGGCUCUGUUGGGCCUCUCAUUGGGUGGUUCUGUUGCUCUGUCUCUGGCUGCCUACUCUGUCAAGGCUGGUUGUACGUGUGCACUCGAAGGCUGUGACUGCCCCAUGGAUGAUACUGCACCAGCCCACCCAGUCAGCAGCAAGAGAGGACCAGGGAAUCAUUACAUUGAGAGAAAUUUCUUCUUGCUGUCUGUAUUGCUAUCUCCUAAAUACGGCUCGUAUAACACUCUUACAUAUGUGAUUUUGUCACAGCCCCGGUGUUGUAUAUGCAUCAGUGGCAAUCAUCUCAUUCCUGUGCGUAAUACUAUGUCUGAAAUCAUCGAAGAAUUGAUCAGUCUGUCUCAUAAAGGACGGAUAAAGGAUAAUCAGGCCAUCUUGAGAGACCUCUUCCUGCCCAUCCCCACAGAUCUAACCAAGAAAGUGGAUGUUGGGCAAAUAAGAUGUCCGCUGCUUUUGAUUGUUGGGGAUGAUGAUCAGAACUGUGCUGCACUGGAGUUUGCUGAAGAUAUGGAGAGAAUAACUGAAAAGGCAGGGAAUCGGCAUUUGCUCAAGACCUUCAUCUAUCCUGGUGCAGGUCACCUGAUUGAGCCACCCUACACACCACACCACAGAGCCUCCAAAUUCAUGUUUCCUGACAAGCAGAAAGUGAUCCUGCUUUGGGGUGGACAGACCAAACCGCAUGCAUAUGCACAAGAAGAUUCAUGGGAGAAAAUUUUGGACUUUUUACGCCAACACCUCUGCAUUACAGUUCCAAAGGCAGCACUCUAG